AAGAUACUAUAAAUAAUGCAAACUCACGACUUCCACACACGUUCGAAGAUGACAACCAAGAUGAAACUUGUGAAACCAGACGGAUCCAUUCUGGAAUUCCACUUUGCCAAAGGCUUACACUCUAGGGCCGACCUACAACUACCUGAGGGGGAUCUAGCCGCACAUAUCGACAACGUUUUGAACUUCCCAGUAAGAGAGGAUGACAUCUACUUGGCCACGUACCCCAAAUCUGGAACCCACUGGGUGUGGGAGAUCAUUAUCAUGCUGCAGAAGAGAAGCACCGAUUACGAAAAGAAGGUCAAGGAGUUUGCUUUCCUCGACCAUCGUGACAUUUCCACACUCGCUGAUCUUCCGUCGCCCAGGGUUCUCAACUGCCACUAUCCGCGUCACCUCACGCCCAAGGAAGUGCUCAGUAAAGGCAUCAAGAUUGUGCACGUUCAGCGUAAUUUCAAGGACGUGUGUGUAUCCGCCUAUCACCACAUGAAGGACUCACAUGAGCAUUGGUAUUGUUCUUGGGCCGACUAUGUGCGCCAAUGGGAGAUAUUUACCAAGGCUCACCCGGAUCAAAUCCUCAACAUCUACUUCGAAGAUCUCAAACAGGACUCUGUCCAAGAGAUACGUAAGUUAAACACAUUUCUUGGAACCGGCUGUGAGGAGGCAUUGAUUGAAAAGAUAGCGCUGGCGUGCUCGUUCCAUAACUUGAAGAAAGCAGACGCGGAGUUCAAAGAAAACCCAUUCAAGAAGGACAAGCGCUUUGAUAUGUACAGGAAAGGACUCUGUACAUACAAGUCAUCGAAUUCAGAUUUUUGUCCACGCUUGUGA